AUGACACGCACGUUCAUUCGAUGGGACGACCCACGAGUCGAGUCCGGCGCUGGACCGGACGAAGACGCCGUGAUCCGCGAGGUCGAAUCUCAAAUCACCACCGCCCAGACCGCCGUCUGGGAAUGUCACCGCCACGCCUUUGCCGGCACCCACGUCAAGACGCAAGGCAUCGUCAAAGGUCAUCUCACCGUAGUGGAAGGUCUUGACUCUCACCUGUACCAGGGCCUCUUUCGUACUCCCGGUUCAAGGUUCCCCGUGGCAAUGAGGUACUCCACCGAGACGACCGAUUUGAUUGAUGAUCGCACCCCCCAGCCUCGCGGGAUUGGGCUGAAGGUGUUUGGUGCCAAGGGGGACAAGUUGCGCAAGGAUGGCAAGGACCCAGAGACGCAGGACUUUGAAUUCAACUCGUGCGCCUUUCUCGAGCUGGGCAACGCAAGGACGUGUCGAGACAUCAUCGCUCUUCGCCUUCUCCACGGCGCCAAUCCUGGCCAGCUCGAUGGAGAGCUCAAGAAGAGGGAUGAUUACAAGGUUCAAAACGCACGCAACGUCGCACCCAACAUCCACCUCGUCGCCCAGAGGCAGUACUCCCAAGCUGCGAUUCGAUACGGAGACUACGUGGUCAAGUACCGUCUGCUUCCAACGUCGCCGGACCAACAAGCUCUGCAGCACAAAACGGUCGCCGAGACGGAUAAGGGUACGACAGUGCUCAAGGACUGGCUCCAGGAGUACUACAAGACGCACACGGCCACGUACGAUUUCCAAGUCCAGUUCCUCGAGAAUCUCGACGAGCAACCGAUCGAAGACGUUCGUGUCGAAUGGGAUCAGGACAAGUACCCCUUCGUCACCGUCGCCAAGCUCGAGAUUCCGCCCCAGGAGUCAUUUGCCCCCAAGAGGGUGAGCUUUUGGGAGGACCACAAUCGUCUCGAUGUCUGGCAUGGCUUGGUGGAGCAUAAGCCGCUCGGAUCCAUCAAUCGCCUGCGUCGCGGCGUGUACAAGGCCUCGUCGGCCUGGCGUCGCCGCAUGAACGCCCGCGAAGAAGUCACCGUCAGCUCCAUCGAUCAGAUUCCCGAUUGA